AUGGAGAUUGAAGAUGGUGUGGAUAAAGAAUUUGUGGGUGGAUGGAGGAACGUUGUUACGGGGAAGGAGUAUCAUGAUCGUGCUGCUCAGACAAGCUUGUGGUAUCAGGUCGAUUGUGAUGAGAAGCCCGUUGUCGUUAUCACGUCGGCGUGCAAGUAUACAACGGUAUCUCGUGACACGGCUAUCCAGACGUAUUUUUGGCCGGACUCGGGGGACAAGUUACUGACACCAUCCUCAGCAUCCAGAUCUCGUCUCACCAACGACGAGUUACGACUCAAGGCGAAGGAAUUAUUUCUCACGAGGAAAUUCUCACGAUUGGAGGAGGAGUGCGCCAUUAAAAUACAAAAGUUCUUCAGAGCUUGCCGAACGAAAAGUGAAAUUUCGUCAUUGGCUCGGUUUGCUGUGCAAACUCGUACUCAUCCACCAGUACCUGAGGAAGUGGUUCGCCUACCCGAGGGUAAUAAGUUCGAAAUCGUAGAGCAUCGUGCACCGAGGACCCGCUCAGACUUUGAGAUGCUACAAAAUGUCCUAGACCACUGGCGUAUUCUGGAGAAUGAACGUGUCGAUCGGACGCUAUUUGAUAGUUCCAAAAUGGCUGCCAAGACGAUGAUUCUCCUCCGGGAAAUUGAGCUCCUUCGGUCAAUGGAACGGGCCAAAAUGCAAGUGCGCGAUGAGAGGCGAGAGCGAUGUAAUCUCGACUACCUGGAGAUAUUGGCGAGACCCGAAAUAUGGAAAACCCGAGAUGGAAAAACUCUGGAAGUGGAGACACUGAGGGUUGCACGAGCACGAGAGUGCAGAGACAUGUACCGUGCAUUGACUAAGGAGAAGGGUGACCGCAUUUCUAUACUCUCCACUCUGAAAAAGUACAUUCUUGGUCACACUUGCCAGAGUUCUAGGGAUCUCCAGUAUCUCAUCAUGCAGGAGUUGGAUUUUUCUGCGAAAAAAUUUGAUCCUCGAGUGAUGGACCAGUUGAGGAGGCGUGUUAAAUUGGCCUUCUACAAAUUUAUAUUGAAUUGUUGUGAGCCGAGGGAGGCGAAGAUUACGUCUGAGGAUGUCAAAAAAUAUUGCGUCAGAUGUGGGAAAUUGUUGCCUUUCACACUUUUCACUGAGGAUAAUCAAAAAGCAUUAGCCACUUGUGACAAUUGCACAAUCAUUAGACCCAGCAAGGAUCCAGCAAUCCUGUACGAGCCCUAUGAACAAAUGCUGAAGGACCUCCGUAAAUCAGAAUCACAAAUGGGCUCUAAAAAUGGUCUUGCUUUUAAAGUUGGUCCACGUGUAUUGCAUCAUCUCGUUAAUUCCAUCUGGCAUGGGAAGUCUGAUCUCGAUUGGACUCCCUGGAAUUCGAUUCUCCUCACCAAGAGAGAGGCCGCCAUUCAUCAAGCCAUGACGAAUCCUUGGGAACUGUACGAUACCAGUCUUGUGCAGAGAUUUGUCUUGAGAAAUUUACAGGCUAAAUUGUCUUUUGAUUCUCUAUCAAAAGUCCAGUGA